AUGGCUGCAAAAGCAAACGAUGGGGAGAAACGGCGAGAAAUUUUCUAUCAGCGAGAGCUUCUCUAUUGUGUCAUGGCAUGCAAACUCACAAGAUACAUGACGAGACGACCAUCCAUCAAGCAGGACACUGGAACCAUUGCAGAUUAUUGUGUUCGUGGGAGAACCGUCAUGGGAGUCCGAAGCAAAAAGGAUACAAAACUUGUUGUGGGCAGCAUCUUCAAGGGAGCACGAAGAAAUUUCUGA